UGGAUGCUGCGUCGGUCAGCUGUUUGCGUCCCGCUUAUCCAUAGGGGAUCUGCUACCGGCGCUCAAAUGAGCAGGCGGCGUCGCAGCUAGCUGCUGUGCAGCGGCUGCCGGUGCUCGCCCUGUUUUUAUUUUAUUUUUUAUUUUUUUAAAUAAGAAGGAGACGACAACAGCAUGCCCGGUGCGACUACUGUCCUUCGUCAAGAGAGGCUGAAGAAGACAAGUGCCAGGCCCAGCCCUCUGGGUUUGUUCACCAUCACCGAAGAGGAUGAGCAGCAAAAGAACGGCAAUUCCAAAAGACCGAGAGCAGCUGAAGGUUCUAAAGUACAAGACAAGAAAGUCACUUCAGGACAAAGCAAUACCGGAACUAAACCAGACCACCCACCAAUACUGAAGGUUGAUGACAGGCAACGGCUUGCUAGAGAAAGGAGAGAAGAACGAGAAAAACAACUAGCUGCAAGAGAAACCGUCUGGUUAGAAAGAGAAGAGAGAGCACGGCAGCAUUAUGAAAAACACCUAGAGGAGCGCAAAAAGAAGCUAGAAGAACAGCGAUUAAAGGAAGAGAGAAGACGAGCUGCUGUAGAAGAAAAGCGAAGGCAAAGAAUAGAAGAAGAUAAGGAACGACAUGAAGCUGUUGUACGUCGCACAAUUGAAAGAAGCCAGAAGCCAAAACAAAAGCAAAACAGGUGGUCCUGGGGAGGAGCGCUACAUAGCCGCAUUAAUAACACAGAUCCAGACAGGCGAUCUGUUUCAACAAUGAACCUUUCGAAACAUGUUGAUCCAGUCAUUAACAAGCGGCUCUCCUCCUCAUCUGCAACAUUACUAAAUUCUUCAGACAGAGCUCGCCGUCUGCAGCUCAGUCCAUGGGAGAGCAACAUCGUUAGCAGGCUCCUGACGCCCACACACUCAUUCCUGGCCAGAAGUAAAAGCACGGCUGCAUUGUCUGGAGAUGCAGUUAUCCCCAUUUGUCCCCGUUCAGCAUCUUGCAGCCCCAUCAGCCCUCUGUCCUACAAGACCAUGAGCUGUAGGAAUUCAGCAGACCGAGCAAAACUUUUUGCAUCUACUGAUGCUGUUGGACGUAGAAGAACGCAUCUGGCAGGGACUGACAAAAAAGAAAAGGAGAGAGACCAUUUGUCAUCCAACUUCUCAGCCAACUUGAAAGGAGGUCAUUUUUCUUCCAAUCCCAAAGCUAGAUCUCCAGCUCCCUCUCCAGUUUGGCAUGCAUCAAAGUCUUUGCCUUCUUUGGCUGGCACGCUCAAGCAGAUAACUUCCCCACCUGGUUCCUCCAAAGUUCCUUCUACUCAGGCACGUCCUCCUUCUCCUGGCAAUAUCCGGCCUGUAAAAAAAGAUAUCAAACCUGAGAAUGAAAAGAAAAGACCAGAAAAGGAGGCUGAAAAGACCAACGAGGAGAGGACAGAAGAGAGUAAAGAAACAUCAGCAGGUGCUGGAGAGUUUGCAAAUCAGGAAGAGCUUGCUGUCCAGGAAGAUGUUGCUCAAGCAGCCAGCCCAUCCCUACCUCCUCCUCCCCCAGCACUUUCUCCACCCCCAGCCCCUGUGAAGACCUCUGCAGGUACAACAGAUCCUGAGGAAGCAACAAGGCUGCUGUCAGAGAAGAGGCGCCUCGCUCGUGAGCAGCGGGAACGAGAGGAGCAAGAAAGGAGGGAGAGAGAAGAGCUUGAAAGGCAAAAGAAGGAAGAGCUGUCCCAGAGGAUAGCUGAAGAAAGAGCUCGCCGAGAAGAAGAAGAAGCUCGCAGACAGGAAGCUGAAAAAAAACGAAAAGAAGCAGAGGAGGAGAGGGAAAAGGAAGAACGGCUGCGUCGACAGGCAGAAGAGAGAGAACAGAAGGAGAGAGAAGAGAUGGAGCGCAUUCAGAAACAAAAAGAAGAGGAAGCUCGCCUACGGGAAGAGGCAGAGAGGAUUCGAUUAGAACGUGAAAAGCAUUUCCAAAGAGAAGAGCAAGAGCGCUUGGAAAGGAAGAAGAGACUUGAGGAGAUCAUGAAGAGAACUAGGCGUGUAGAAGCUGUAGAUAAGAAACCCAAUGACCAGCAGAAUGGACAUAUAUCAAAGGCAAAUAAUUCUGGAGAAGCAGUCAUAACCAGUCCUACAUCUCCCAUGGAACCUUCAGGAGGACCUCAGCUUCAGCAUGCAACACAGUCUCCAAACAGCGGGAAACCCGUAUCCUGCACACACAUGAUUGUUUCACAUCAACCCCCCGUAACUAUGGACAGCAAUCUCAACCCAGAGAAAAAUACAGAGGAAAAUGGAAUGUCUGUGCAGAACGAUAACUUCGAAGAGAUCAUAAAUCUACCUAUUGGUUCUAAACCAUCCCGCCUGGAUGCCCUGAACAACGAUGGAAGCGACAGUCCCGGAAUUCCUCUGAAUCCAAUUUUAGCUUUUGAAGAUAAGGGGACUCUUUUGCCUCAGGUAGACAGUGUUCAAACACAUCAAACAGCAGAAGUGAUCUGAUUAUUUCUUCUGAAGAACCAAAGGUGACAAAAACAUCUCUGCAGUCAGUGGGAGUUUCUUCCAUGCAAUGAAGGAGUGUUUUAUUUUUCUCUCCAGGUUUUUUAAAGAUUUCUUGAACAUCUUUUUUCUUUUUGGAAGGACUUUAGUAAAACCAGCAGAAGAAAUGAUGGACAUAGACUUGGAUCGCCUUUCUAAUAGUUUUCAUCACUAGAAAAAUCAUGCUUCACAUGCAUUACUUAAUAUGGCUUUUUCCAAUGAGCUUUUUCUGUUAGUAAAUGGAUAUUUCUGCAUUCCUGAGAACACAAGACACUGGAAUCUGAAAGCAAUGAUUCGGGUGGUGGGGCUUUCUCUUUUUUUUUUCUUCUUUUUUCAGGUGGGUGUUGGUUUAAAAGGCAUAAUUGUAAAAUUGGCAAAGAAUCUUUUACACUUUGUGGUUCUGAUACUUGAAAAUUAAAUACCUCAUUGCUCUAUGAGUAGAGUUAAUGAGGUGUUUUAUUUAAACCUGUUGGUUUAAAUAUUAUUGCAGAGAACUCUAAUUAUGGGGGCAGAGCAUCGGCUUCUGUAUCAGGUUCUUGUAAAUGUAAUUCCUACAGGGACGUUCUGUAAAUUGAGAUGUCACUAUGAUCUUCUCACAUUUUCUCUAAAAACACAAAACGAGGCAGGUUUUAAAAUGUGAAAAUUUGAAAGCAUUAUUUUUUCAUGGACAAGAGGAAAACCUAUCGUUCUCCUAGAUGAUGUAUUUAUGAAUUUUGUUCAGUACAGAAAUAAAUUGUUUAAUUGAAUAAAUUAGAAAAAUGUAAUAAAAUGGUACUGCAAACUUGAUUAUUUUUUGUUACAUUCACGUUCACAGUACUAUAAAAGAUGUGCACAGGGAGUAACCUUGUUCUGAGUCCUGUAAAUUGCUGCUGUUCCCAAUGAUGGAAGACUUUUCCUUUGCCUUAUCAGACGAUUGAAGACUGUGUGAAACCUGAAAUAGUUGAUUUUUUUGAUGAUAAAGCAGGUUUGGGGAAUUUUUUGGUUUUGCUCGUUUCAGAGCAAAUGGAAAAUGGUCAUUGUUUGUGCUUUGUAUGUAGCGUGUGAUUUUUAUAAUGCACUACAGUUUGAGUGAUAAGAGGAGCAACGCAGGUUGCUUUCUCUUUAGUUUCAUGCUGAUUUCUACCAUCAUUAUGCCAUCCCUCACUUUCAGUUGUUGUUGAGCAGAACAGUAACAUUGUGCACCUUUCUAUGCUGUGAUAAACCGUGCUGUUGCAGGCAGAACUCACGGGGUGUUUGAGUUGGAAACAGCAACCGGGGCUUCAUGCGUUGUUUGUUGAAGUCCCUGAGUAGAUCCAUAGCAGUGGAAAUGGGGUUUACGGGGUUUCGGUUCGUGCUGACAGAGAAUGGCCACUCAGAUUCCUGCACCUGCCUUUAGUGAGCACUGAGCUCGGUUAUAGGAAGCUGUGCAGAAAGUCUGUGCUUGCAGAAGAAAUCUUCUGAGCCAAAAGCGGAAGAGUUCUUGAAGAAAUGACUUUCUGCUGCUGCCAAGCGUUCAUCCUACACAGGAGAUGGGAUAAAAGCAAUGGAAAAGCAAAGAAAAAGAGACUUAUCUGCCAGAAUGCGUGGAAGCUAUUCAGUCUAUUCAGUCAGAAUGCUUUCAAUAAUAGUUCGUGACACAGUAAAAUUAAUUGGAUUCCAUACUCACUUUCUUUAAUUUUCCAUGUACAUAGCCACAAUAUUUUAAAGUGUCCAAAAUAUGUAGUUUUCCUUUAAACCUUUAUAGCAUGUGAGUACCAAAUAAAACUUGUUUGAAAUA